AGGUGAUUUCAGAAUUGUGAUUGUUUAUGCCAAUUAUCAACGACAAAAGACAUUUAUUUUGUCUAUAGUUAACAUGGCGGGUGAUGAAAGUGACAGCGAUCUGAAACCGUCCAGUGUAGCUAUAAUUAGAGAAGUAUAUGACAGUGAAAAUGCACAUAUUAAAUUUGAAAUGGAAUUGGAAAGAGCAUUGGAGGCAGGAGUCAGUGUUAUUGUUAUCGAACCAGAGCCACUCGGAGAAGAGACAGCGAGAUGGAUAUAUGUAGGAAAUCUUCUUCACAAAGUUUCUGUAUACAGUGGACUGUGUAGCAUUACCUCAGGUGUUGUUUGGAGUUCACUGGUGUGCACGCCAUUUGGAGUGGUUUCAGUUUUAUGUGCUGGUUGUUACACAUUGUCGUGGCAAUGGGAUCCCUGUUGUAAAUACCAAGAAGAAAAAGAUCGCCGGCAUUUGGCAACAUUGCCCAUGCUGAGUGAUCUUACAUCUGCAUCGCCAGUUGUUCUUGUACGCACAGAUAAUAAAAGAAAAAUAUUAUUACAUAGCACUAUAUCUGUUAGUGCAGUUGCCAUCUGCCUGUGGCGCAUAUACAACAUGUUUAAAUAAAAUGUGUUAGUUAUAAUUUGAAUGCUUAAUAUAAGAAUCGGUGUUAUGCUUUAGCAAAAUGAAAUUUAAUUCUAUAAUUGAAUUCUUAUGAUUAAAACAUUUUAAUCACUAAAGUAGAUUAAAAUAUUAGUUGUAGUAAGUUUCUUCUCAGCCUUAUGUAGAUUGAUAGAAUUGUUAAAAAUUAAAUAUGUUGUAAAAAAGGGUUACAAUUAUUGUAUUAUGUUAUUUAAUAUAGAAUUAGAUAAUUCCUGUACAAAGUAAUAUUUUUUUAAUUCUUAAGGUUGCUUUAGGGAAAUGAGUUGUAACUGCAUUUUGUUGAAAUUACAUGAUCCAUGUUAGCAGUGGUAACAUGUUGAUUACAUGUCACACUGUUAAUAUGUUUUAAAGUAA